AUGGACCACCCCACUCUCACUUCCCUCUCCCUCACCCAUGUCCACUACAACCCCCACGACAUUUUCUCAUGGAUUUCCGCAUAUCUCGCCCUCGUACCCCAAGCCCUCAUCAUCUCCUACGUGACUCUCAUAUGGGCGACACGAGAGAUCGAAGUGGUCAUCAUGUUCGCGGGACAAUUGGGAUGUGAAGGAUUAAAUUGGAUUUUGAAGAGAUAUUUCCGAGAGGCGAGACCGACAGAAACCAUAGGAAAAGGCUACGGAAUGCCCUCCUCACACGCCCAAUACGCCUUCUACUUCGCAACCUACCUCUCCCUCUUCCUCCUAUUCCGGCAAACCUCGUCCCCAAAUUCCACCCCUCACCCGAUCCUCCACUCCCUCCUCUCCCUCCUCUCCGCCUCCGCGGUAGCCUACAGUAGAAUCUACCUAACCUACCACACUUCCUCCCAAGUUCUCGUGGGAUGUGCAGCAGGAGCAGGAUGUGCGGUGGCAUGGUUUUGUGCGACGGCGAUGGCGAGGCGGAUGGGGGUCGUGGAGGGGGUGUUGGAGGGGGAGGUGACGAGGUGGUUGAAAAUGAGGGAUUUGGUUGUGGAGGAGUCGUUGGAGGAGGCCGGGUGGGAGAGGUGGGAGAAUAGGAGGAGGUGGGAGAAUAGCAGGAGGGGGAAGAUGGGGAAGAGGAAGGAGGAGAUUGUGGGGGGCGGCGGUGGUGGUGGUGUUGGUGGUGGUGGUAAUGGGAGUGGUGGGGGAAAGGAGAAGAAGAAGAGGCGAUAGGCAUUUUUUUUUGCUGGCUUGGGUGAUCGGAUGAUGGGACGUUGUGCGUUCUGCAGUAGUGCUGCUUUUUUCGCCUCUGCUGGGAAUGUGCUUGGAAUAGAGGGAGAGAGAGAGAUCUCGGAUACGAGGCUUAUAUCAUACAUACAUCACCUUGAUCUUCACAGAUCUUACACAAAAUGCAGCGAUUGCUCAGAUUACGGGAGACUAGAACCGCGG